GAGGAAUCAAUCGAUUGGGAUCGACGUCAAGUUUCUCUACAAAUAAUAUCCUAAUUUUGAUCGCAGCUUGGAAUAUCUGGAAAUAUGGCUUUGUUCCGUAUCUCAUCAACAAAAUUAGCGGAAGCGAAUCAAAAAUUCUUACCGUUGAUCGCUACCUAUGUUCGCAAUGCUUCGGAUAGUACCGACUUGAAGGCAAUUUUGGCGGAGAAGAUCCCAAAAGAGCAGGAACGCAUCAAGAAUUUCCGUAAGCAACAUGGAAACACGAAAGUUGGCGAUGUCACGGUCGACAUGAUGUACGGCGGCAUGCGUGGAAUCAAAGGCUUGGUUUGCGAAACUUCCGUUCUCGAUCCCGAUGAGGGCAUUCGUUUCCGUGGUCUUUCCAUUCCCGAAUGUCAAAAAGUAUUGCCAAAAGCUCCCGGCGGCGAAGAACCCUUACCCGAAGGUCUAUUCUGGCUUUUGAUCACGGGCGACGUCCCCACGAAGGCUCAAGUUGAUGCCAUCUCGAAGGAAUGGGCGAAUCGCGCUGCUUUGCCGGGACACGUCGUUACGAUGCUCAACAACAUGCCAACAUCCCUUCAUCCAAUGUCGCAAUUUUCGUGCGCCAUUACCGCCUUGAAUCACGAGAGCAAAUACGCAAAGGCUUACGCUCAAGGUGUGCACAAAACCAAGUAUUGGGAAUACGUGUAUGAGGAUAGCAUGGAUUUGAUUGCCAAAUUGCCCGUUGUUGCGGCGACAAUUUAUCGUAACACGUAUCGUGAUGGCAAGGGAAUCGGUGCUAUUGAUCCCAAAUUGGAUUGGUCUGCGAACUUCUGCAAGAUGUUGGGAUUUGAAGAGAAGGAAUUCGUUGAAUUGAUGCGAUUGUAUUUGACCAUCCAUAGUGAUCACGAAGGCGGCAACGUUUCCGCUCACACAGUUCACUUGGUUGGAUCUGCCCUCUCGGAUCCUUAUCUCUCCUUCGCUGCUGGCAUGAACGGUUUGGCAGGUCCCUUGCACGGCUUGGCUAACCAAGAAGUAUUGGUUUGGCUGCAAAAAUUGCGCUCCGAAUUGGGAGACAAUGCCGACGAAGCUAAAGUCAAAGAUUUCAUCUGGAAGACCUUGAAAUCGGGUCAAGUUGUUCCCGGCUACGGUCAUGCUGUGCUCCGCAAAACAGAUCCUCGUUACACGUGCCAACGUGAAUUCGCAUUGAAACACUUGCCCGACGACCCGUUGUUCAAACUCGUCAGCAACAUCUACAAGGUUGUGCCUCCAAUUCUCACCGAGCUCGGCAAAGUCAAGAACCCCUGGCCCAACGUAGAUGCCCAUUCCGGCGUUUUGUUGCAAUAUUACGGACUCAAGGAGAUGAACUACUACACCGUCUUGUUCGGCGUGUCUCGUGCUUUGGGCGUUUUGGCAUCUCUCGUGUGGGAUCGUGCUCUCGGUCUCCCCAUCGAACGUCCCAAAUCCAUGUCUACUGACGGCUUGAUCAAACUCACAUCCAAGUAAACGCUUUCACACAAUCGCUGGAACGAAACACAAAAAAUUAACGAAAAAAAAGAACAACCUUGAAAAAAAUCCCCAACAAAUUAAAAAACCACAAUAAGUUGACUAAGCUAAAUUAUUUUAGUAUGUAACACAUUCUUUUUCUCUAUUUAAGUUUUCAUUUCUCACGUUAAUAUAAUAAGUUAUUACCAUUUCUUAAAAAAAAUACGAAACUUAAAAAGAAGAAAAUUUGUGAUUGAUAAGAUUCUAUCAAUUAUUCAUUAGCAAGCUCACAACCCAGUCAUAGUUGAAUAAAAAUUAUUUUAUUUAAUAACUUUUAUUUUCAAUUCUUGCACCAAAAUCUUGAGAAACCAAAAACAAAGAAUAGUCAAAAUAGAGUAAAAAAAAUGAAGGAACAGAGAAGUUUUAGAGACCAAAUAUCUGACGAAUAAUUAAAAUCUUUAAAAAUAAAUUAAAAUAAUAAAAAAAAGAAUAAUAAUGAAGUAAUUGAUAGACAAUAGCUCCUCCAGCAUAAUAAUCCAGAGGUGACGAGAUACCUUUUAUGAAAUAUUGUACUUAUUAUAUAUACAGCAAUAAAGUCCGUUGAAAACUUAA